AUGGUUACAUGCCAAGGCCUCUGUGAGUCUGAUGUGAAGGACACAGCUCUGCUGAGGACGCGCCUUAACUACAGUCGUCCCCCAGUGAUGGCUCUAGCAGUGCCGGUGGCAGUGAGGUUUCUGCAGAGAGGCAACAAAGAGCUCAGUAGGAACAUGUCCAGUUAUCUCUCUCUGACUGCCAUGGAUAAGGCUGAACUACUGGCUGAACACACAGAGGCUAUCACCUGCAGCGUGCUGGGAGGUAACCACAUGCUCCUACGCGUGUUGCCGUCCGUCUACCCCAAACUGCCCCAUGCCAUCCAUCGUCACCUAGGCAACCUGACGGCCAUGAUGUCACAGCUCGAGUCACCGGAGCAACAACACCUGCUGAGGCUGAUCCAGAUGGUCGCCGAGCAACAGCCACAGGUGCUGAGCCCCCUGGUGCCCUCCCUGGUUGGUUACCUAGGCGAUGCCUCUCUGAACGAGACUCUACUGGGUGCACUGGUGUACGUGUCACAGGCUAGCCCCGCCUCCAUGGCCCCAUUCCUGCCCGCGCUGAGGGUUGUGGGUCAGCAGUACCCGGUCCUGCUGGGACACGUGGUUAAAAUACACAGAGCUGUGGGCUUGACCAGUGAGUGUCAGGCCCGUAGCUCCCUGGUGUACCUAGUGUCUCUACUGGGCAGUAUGGAUCACAGCUUCCACCACACUCUCCUGCUGGAGAUCAGAGCCCUGACUGACAGAUACACCUCCAUCCUGGGAGGCUGUGCCAAAGACAUCUACAGGAUGAGUAACAGCUUCACCUCCAUAGCCAGUCUACUGGGGAGAAGACUGGAGACAGACACUACUAUCAACUGCAGGGUUGAAGAGGAAUCAGAAGGCCCUCCUUCCCCUUGUAUCUCAGAGGCCAGUGUGUGUGGGGGUGCAGGGGGGUGUGGAGGGGGAUCAGAGCAGCGACUGCAGGUGAAGAUCCAGGCAUUUGAGGAGAAGAUGGGGGAGGAGGGGGGAGAGGGGUCACCUACACCCCAACGCAGAAACAGCAUGGGACAAGCCACUAGAGAGAAACACAGAGAGAUGAGGUUUAACAGGUCAAAGAGUCUGGCUCUGCAAGCCGUGAGGUCACGGUCUGUCAACUCUGACAGCGGUCAGGAUGGAGAAGGGUUGGAGCUAACAUCUGACGCAUUCCUCUCAGAAUCCCCACCCAAUCAGCAAACAGAAGCCUUAGAUACCUCUCCCACUGAGAGGAAACUAACCAAUGAGAACUCCCUGUCUCCCUCCACCCCUCCAGCCACGCCCUGUGAGGAACAGAGGGAUGGACAGGGAGAGGGGGAAGGAGGGAGAGGAGGAGGAAUAGGAGAGGGGAAAGAGGACAAGCUGUACAGCCACCUGAGAGACAACAUGGAGAAGAUCAAAGAGUUCUGUUCUGAGAUGGUUCAACAGAUCCCCAUACCAGAGCACUGUGUUAUAGAAGACUCGAGCCAGGGAAGUGUGGCGAAGCUGACGUUCCCGUGCCCUCUGAAGGGGCGUUACUGUCUCUAUACCAAGUCCUGUUUCACCCUCACCAGCCUCCAGCCACACCUCUGGAUCAACAUCAUGCUGCUUCACCUACAGAGUCAGCACAGCGCUCCUCUCUCCUCUCUGGAUGACAGUGUGCGGAGGUUGGGGAGACUGUGGGAGGGGACCCAGCUAAAAGGAGCUCACAGCUUCUCCAUGGCCAUGACCCAACAGCCCACUCCACACAGAAAGGACCUGGAUAGUCUGCAGAUCCAUCUGCAGGAGGUGCGUUUCUAUCACCUGUUUGGAUUCAGUGAAGAGGAGGGCAGCUGGCUCUGCUAUAUGUGCAACAACCCAGAGAAGGCCACAGUGGUGAACGAGGAUGGCCAGCCGCUGAUAGAGGGGAAACUGAAGGAGAAGCAGGUUCGCUGGAAGUUCAUCAAACGCUGGAAGACUCGCUACUUCACCCUGGCAGGAAACCAACUCCACUUCCGGAAGGGAAAAUCAAAAGAUGAGCCAGACGACAGCACCAUCGAGCUGAGCAAAGUGCAGAGCGUCAAGGUGGUGGCUAAGAAGCGACGUGAGCGGGGUCUCCCUCGGGCCUUUGAGAUCUUCACGGACAGUAAGACGUACGUCCUGAAGGCUCGUGAUGAGAAGCAUGCUGAGGAGUGGCUCCAGUGUAUUAAUGUUGCCGUGGCCCAGGCCAGAGAGAGAGAGAACAGAGAGGCCACCACCUACCUGUGACCUUGUGACCUGGAAGAUAUUCUACUGUGACCCGUUCCUGACCCAGAAACACAACACACAGCCCCGCACUACUGUACCAUCGACUAACAACAGUCCUGCGAUAUCCACUGUUUCUGAUCAUCUGACAGUCCUGUGAUAUCCACUGUUUCUGAUCAUCUGACAGUCCUGUGAUGUCCACUGUUUCUGAUCAUCUGACAGUCCUGUGAUGUCCACUGUUUCUGAUCAUCUGACAGUCCUGUGAUGUCCACUGUUUCUGAUCAUCUGACAGUCCUGUGAUGUCCACUGUUUCUGAUCAUCUGACAGUCCUGUGAUGUCCACUGUUUCUGAUCAUCUGACAGUCCUGUGAUGUCCACUGUUUCUGAUCAUCUGACAGUCCUGUGAUGUCCACUGUUUCUGAUCAUCAUAUCUGCCAGCUGUGGGGCAGCUGAGACUGAUAUCCAGACAUAAUUUUCAGCAUUUUUUGAGAGUCUAUCUAUAUACAUUUAUAAAGGCUAUUGUUUCAGUAUUUAAAAGCAAUAAGGAUCUUACUAUAACUAAUGACCUUCUAUUUCCAGCAAAAGCGAUCGACGUACUAAAACCCAGCAAUAAAAGAAUUAUAGAACUGUCUAUAAGUGAAGAUUAAGAAGCCUUAAUGGACAGCAGAUGAGAACGUUCUAGAACAAACAAACAAACAAGAGUUAGUGUUACUAGCAUUUGAGCAGUAGAAUUCAUUAAUAAUAUUACCGUCAUUUCAACAAACCAAAAAACAGUGGUGUUAUAUAGUGAGUUCCAAAAGUAUUGAGAAAAUUACCAACAUCACAAAUAUCAUAACCCCCAGACAUGGUAACCAUUACAAUAACAGUGGAGGUUAGCAUGUUUUUGGAAGGGGGGAGGGUAUGUAACUUUCUCACUCAUCAUUAUUCACGGUUCAUUCAGGACUAUUUGUAGUCAUGGUAACAUCCACAUUAAUGUAGUAGUGUUCAGAAACAUAUUCUAUUCUUAUUUACAAUAAAAGUGAUUACAAAAUGACACACUACAUUAUGAUUAGCAGUCAUUUCUAUUGGGCACAAAAUAAUCUGAGAACGUUGAAUUUGUCCCAGUAACUUUUGGUCCCCUAAAAUGGGGGGCUUAUGCACAAAAAGUGCUAUAAUUUCUAAUAGGUUGACCCGAUAUGAAUGAAAAUCUCCUUAAAUUAAAGCUGAUGGUCUGCACUUUCACCUAAUAGUCAUUGUAUCAAAUCCAAAGUGCUGUAGUCCAGAGGCAAAACAACAACACAAUUGUCACUGUCCCAAUAUUUUUGGAGCUCACUGUAUGUCAUAUUUGAUAAAUGAACAGACUAGUUUCCCUGGAGGUCUUUAGCAGAGGCUCAGAACAACAGGGGUGGAUAUCGGUCACACUGCUGGGGGCUGUGCGUUCUCUCUAUUUCCAGGAAACAUGUUUCUAUGGAGGAACACAUUUAUUGGCAAAGCUAUCGUCUUUGUAUUCUCUCGCUUUUUUCAUCCAAAAAAAAGAGCUUGGUGUGUGUGUGUGUGUGUGUGUGUGUGUGUGUGUGUGUGUGUGUGUGUGUGUUUACAAUGACAAGCAUCGUUGACAAUUCUGACAUGUCCCUGAAUAAAUACAUUAAACCUGUUGUUUGCAGAACUGGCUCUCAUCACAGUGGAAUCUUAAAAACACAAAUAAAUGUCAACCCCAGAGUCACGUUUUGUAGAAUCCGGUUAUAGGUGAACGUUCCUCUUUCUCCCGAGUAAUGAAUGACUUGGGGGGGGGGAAGAAGGAGGCAACGUUAUGGAGCAAUAUGUUAUGGACUCUGAACUAAUAUUUAGUCUUUAAAACUAUACACUCACAAAUCACCAACUCAAUCGAAGAACUGGUCUGGAGAUGUCCUUGUGUGUUCGGGACCAGUGCCAGUUCUGUCAUAAUGAAUGAGCCUGUUUCUGUGGAUGAUAUAAUUGUUGCAGCCGGGUAGAGUCCUUUUGAAUCAGUUGUGGGAAAGUACCCAAUUGUCAUACUUGAGUAAAAGUAAAGAUACCUUAAUAGAAAGUUACUCAAGUAAAAGUGGAAGUCACUCAGUAAAAUACUAUUUGAGUAGAAGUCUAAAAGUAUUUGGUUUUAAGUGUAAUUGCUAACAUAUACUUUAGUAUCAAAAGUAAAAGUAUAAAGUAUUUUGAAUGAGUUGUUAGUGUCGAUGAUGUACACUCGGUGGCCAGUUUAUUAGGUACACCCAUCUAGUACUGGGUCGGACCCUCAUUUGCCUCCAGAACAGCCUGAAUUCUUCAGGGCAUGGAAGGUGUAACGUUCAAACGUUGCUCAAUUGUAUCCAAGGACCUAACGUGUGCCAGGGAAACAUUCCCCACAGCUGUACCGUUGACACCUGGCAGGAUGGAGCCAUGCUGCUUACACAAAAUCCUGCCUCUGCCAUCAGCAUGACCCAACAGGAACCGGGAUUCGUUGGAACCAAGGAAUGUUUUUUCCACUCCUCGAUUGUCCCGUGUUGGUGAUGACGUGCCCACUGGAGUCACUUCCUCUUGUUUUUAGCUGAUAGGAACCCAGUGUGUGUCAC